AUGGAUAUUUUUGUGAUGCAGAAAGUGGGUGGUCAGCCAAAUAAUGAGUAUGGCACGCUUUUCAUAGACAGAUCGCCUAGAGUUUUCAAAAAGAUAUGCCAGCAUCUUCAGGGGUAUUCGAUUAAAGUGCAGGAUGAGUAUGAGUUUAUGUAUCUAUAUGCAGAUACAACAUACUUCCGGUUAAACAAGCUUCGCCUAAAGCUACUCGAUGAAGGGCUUUUUGUUAAUAUUAGAGGGGAGACUUUUCAGAUUUCCAAGGCGAUUUUCAGACAGAAAGGUAACUCUCCUAAUUAUUUUACCGUGCUGUAUGAAACACUUCAGGCAGAUCCAUUUCUAAACAGCAAGGUGUUGAUUAGACCACCAUCGAUGACUCCAUACAAGAUACAUCGGUCGCCUCUACUAUUCAGGCAGCUUUUGUACCUUCUCACUGGAGGAAUUGUCGAUAUUAAGGAUGAAAAUCAUCGCAAGCAGCUCAUUGAGGAGGCCAGGUACUACAGUUUCUUUGCACUUGAGCAACAGCUAACAAAAACGGAUAUCAGAAAGAAUCCUUUCACGAUGCAUGACGAGAUUCUUAUCAACUUCAACGAUAUUAAGAAAGACGGUAUGAUAAACGUCUCCUCGAGCAAUCGGGAGGCCCUGGUCCAAUAUUCGAGACCUCAUUGUGACCGCAUUGGUAGAGAUCUUGUGAUUCAAAUAAUUUCAGCAGAGGUAACAUUGUUGAUUGAUGCGAACGAUUCGUUCUGCAGUCUCAGUGUGGUGGGUAAGACUGCCAAGAUACUGUAUGGUUUGCUUUCUGUGGUAUCAGAUGAUGUCAUAUUUGAGCAGACAGACACACAAUUGAAGCUUACCCUUUUAGUUCGUCUCGACAACUGUUACUCGCACAUAAAUAGUGUUGAGAUGCAAGAUGGAUGGAUAUCGAAACUUGUGGAAGCUCGCAAGCAUAAGUUGUCUCCCCUACCAAUGUCCGAUCCAUCUUUUUUCAAUUCAAACGUGCCUAGGCCAACACAAACUAGCAUUAACACCCGUAAAGUACCACCGCAAGUUAUUGCAAUUAAGGUUCUUCGAUCUCAGUGGACAAUAUCGGUCACCGGAAGGCACCGUAUACUUGCCAACGGAGUGAUGAUAGAUGGUGUUUCGGACGAGGCAAACUACAAUAAUAGGCGGGGCUUCAUAUGA